GCCCAGACGGGACCCGCAAGUCCCAAUCUCAAUCUCGCCCACGCCUUCUCUUAUCAGAGUUGACCCGAAGAAAGACUAGGCUAGAGGAUCCAUCUUCUGGAGUCCUGCUGUUUCGACCUCGAUUGCUCUCCUGGCUUGACCUCUCCCUCUCGAGAAAGCCACAUCGCAACAUCUCGACGACCGCAGCGGCCGCAUUUGCUGGCCCCAAUGUCUGCAUCGUUGUCUGCCUUAGCUGUCCCCCUUUCGCAGCAGCAAUAGUCCCGUCUUGCUCGCACUGUCUCGAGCAGGCGAGUCGCUCCCCAUAAACAAGCCCUGCCCUUUUUGGGUUUGAGGCCGCCCUUGACCGUCUAUCUGGUCGAUUUUUUCUUUGCUCAUUCUCGGACGCGUCCCGACCAUAUCGUCGGCAGCUUCCUCGACCGGCUCCGCCCAUCACCACGACCCAACCUCACCUCGCGACUUUAAUUCAACGGGACUCAUCCCUGCCGCUCGUUACUCGCAUUUGGCCCAGGAAAGGCUCACGCACCCUGAUGCGCCCGGCAGCAUUCAAAGACCCGCCACGCCCGUGAUAGCUUGACUUUUCUCGCCCCCCUCGUCUUAAUCGACAUUAUCCGGCACCUCCGCCGACCAAGAAACACACCCGCCGCUCUAUCCAAACACACUCCUCGCGGAUAGGAGUCAGCUACACAGGAUACACGGUCGUCUAUGACCAUGGAUCUCUUUAGACGAGCCAGGCGGCUCGUCCCCCGAACCUCGCCACCGCUCCCGUCGGUUGGCGAGAAGGACAAACCGCAGAGGCCGAGCAAAAUAUGGUCUCGCCUGGCCUUCUUCCGGAGACCUCUUCGGCUUCGAGGCAACUCGAGCGUGUCGGUGCCGCUGGGGGUGGUGAUCUUGUUCCCAUGCAUCGUCGUCAUUCUGAUCCUCGUCAUGUUUGUGAGGCAUCCGAACUCGAAUGGCAGCAUCUUGAUCCCUGCCGGGGCGCCCCCGGCGAUCCGAAAAAUCAGCGAGGCCCACGACAAGGUCUUUGUCACCGGCUGUCUCGACCCCAUGACGGAAGCUGCAAAGGCCCCGCGCGCUAAUGCCGCCUUCGUCGUGCUGGCACGCAACAAGGAGCUGGAUGGUGUUAUCCAAUCCAUCAAGUCCAUUGAGCGCCACUUCAACCGCUGGUUCCAUUACCCCUACGUCUUCCUCAACAACGGCGAGUUCAACGAGACCUUCAAGGAGGUUGUCAAGAACCACACCUCGGGCCCUGUUGAGUUUGGCUUCGUUGGCCCCGAAAUGUGGGGCUACCCCGACUGGAUCGACGAGAAGGUUGCCAAGGAGGGCAUCGCCAAGCAGGGUGACGCUGCCGUCAUGUACGGAGGCCUGGAGAGCUACCACUCCAUGUGCCGCUUCUACUCGGGAUUCUUUUACAAGCACCCUCUUCUGGCCAAGUACGAGUGGUACUGGCGCCUGGAGCCCGAAAUCAAGUACUUUUGCGACAUUACUUAUGACCCUUUCCUCAAGAUGAUCGAGGCCAACAAGACGUACGGCUUCACCAUCGCUGUCAAGGAGCUCCGUGAGACAGUGCCCAACAUCUUCCGUUACGCCUCGGCCUACAAGAGGCUCAAGGGUCUCAAGUCCAAGGGUCUCUGGGAAAUGUUUGUUGAGCCGAUGCCCGACAAAGAGCCCGAGGAAGACAAAUCGGGGCUGCCCGAGGAGGUGCUACGGAACGACCCCAACCGCAACAAGCCCAAGGACAUUGACCCCGAGGCCAUGGAGGGCGAGAAGUACAACAUGUGCCACUACUGGUCCAACUUCGAGAUUGCCCGCCUCAGCUGGUUCCGUAGCCAGGAGUACGAAGACUUCUUCGAGAUGAUGGACCGCAGUGGUGGCUUCUGGAUGGAACGGUGGGGUGAUGCGCCCAUCCAUUCGCUUGCCGCAGGUGCUCUUCUGGCACCACGCGACAUCCACUACUUCCGCGAUUUUGGCUACCGUCACACCACGAUCCAGCACUGCCCGGCGAACGCUCCUGCACGCCAGACGGAGCGCAUACCAUUCCUAGAGAAGACUACUCUGGACGAGCGCAAGCGGAUCGAAGAGGAUCAGUACUGGGAUCAGUUCGACGCUCCCAAGGAGAACGGCGUCGGCUGCCGUUGCCGUUGCGAUACCGAUAUUGUCGAUGUCGAGGGCAAGGAAGGCAGCUGCCUUGCUGAGUGGGUUGACGUUGCCGGUGGCUGGGCCAGCCCAUAAAAGUCACGCCAGCAAUUGUCUACAGUUGUUUCGAGACGCUGUUUUUAUGACGAGAAGCUCGAGGGACGGCGGACUCACCGUGUCAAAGCUGUAUGUUCCGUCGUAUCGUCGGUCGGCUAAACCGUCAUCGGCGCUAGUCUGUCCAGUUUAAUGAGCCAUGUCCCUCCACGCCCGGGUUCUUUUAGCCAAGGAAGCCUGAAGCGUUGAUUUGUUGGUUAGAGCAUACCAAAUGUCUUGGGUCGAAGCAUGGCCGUCUGUUUGGAUCAAGGGAGUACCACUCCGCAUGGCGUAGUUACGUCGAUGAUCAUUCGGGGGUUUAACCUUGGGUCGACUAAAUUACUCUUAUAUAUUGCAAUGCUACGUUUUUGUUUUUCGCCCUCGUUUGUUGCUCGUGUGUGUUAUAAUACUGCCCCCAGACGCCGGUCCCCG